UCUGAACCAGCCAAUCCGGAGGUGUCACAAACCAAUAAAUGAGUAAUAAUGUUUGACCAGCUGUGGAGAGGGAGAAGCAGAGAGUUGGGAUACAGUACACAGGUUCUCAGAUGCUCAGGUGGAGGUUCAGCACUGUCACCUCCGUUAUUAACAUCAUCAGCUCCUGGACAGAUAGACAGACCAACAACUGAUCUGUCUGACAAUAGAGACAGAGUUCAGUGUGAGAUGAGAGGAAGGAUUUAAUUUCACUCCAGCUAUGUUGAAGCAACGUUUAGUAAGAGUAAAAAAUGCCCUGGUGCGAGAGUGCAUGGCUGAAUUCUUGGGAACCUUCGUCUUGCUGCUCUUUGGCUGUUCUGCUGCAGCCCAGGUGAAGACCAGCAGGGAGACUAAAGGCCAGUUUCUGUCGGUCAACAUGGCCUUUUCUGUGGGCGUCAUGUCAGCCAUGUACCUCACCAAGGGCAUCACGGGUGCUCAUCUGAACCCAGCUGUGACUCUGAGUUUCUGUGUAUUGGGACAGGUGCCGUGGGGAAGGCUGGUGCCCUACUGCCUCUCUCAGCUGCUGGGGGCAUAUGUGGCAUCAGGGCUUGUCUACCUGGUGUACUAUGAUGCUAUAAUGGAGUUUAGUGGAGGGGUACUGACUGUAUAUGGCCCAAAUGAGACAGCGUCUAUAUUUGCCACAUAUCCCACAGAGUACUUAACUUUGGGCAGAAGUUUCCUUGACCAGGUUGUGGGCACCGGCAUGCUGAUGUUGUGCAUCCUGUGUUUGGAUGAGAAGAGGAACACCCCUGCUCCCUCGGAGCUAAUUCCCCCUAUAGUGGCAGUGAUUGUCCUGGGGAUCUCCAUGUCAAUGUCAGCUAACUGUGGAGCUGCAAUAAAUCCUGCUCGGGACCUGGGGCCACGCCUCUUCACACUGACUGCAGGCUGGGGGACUGAGGUCUUCACGUGUUACAACUACUGGUUCUGGGUACCCCUGGUGGCCCCACCUAUUGGAGGUGUUUUGGGUUCUUUCAUGUAUUUAAUCUUCAUCCACUGGCACCUGCCGGACCCAGACCCCCCUGAAAAUCUCUCCACUCUCUCCACCAUCAGUGACAAAAUCAAGCAGCCGGCCACAACAUGGGAAAAUGAAGUAGUACAGCUAAAAUCUGCACAUUUAUAAAUGUUACUGUAAUAAAAAUAUAUACAUGUCCCACAUGACAAAACUGGUUUUCUCAUCAGCAAUUCAGGGAGUUAAAGGCACCACCUGGUUCUAAAUCAUCCUUGAGAAAGCAGAAGCAAAUAUCAGAGCUCAGCCACUGUUGUGGCACGUGCACAUCUGGUUAUGAGCUGGUUAUGUUAGGAGAAUAGCAAGGAGGUUUUUUUGUUUGUUUGUAAAUCUUUUUAAACACAGCCAGUGGAGGCAGAGGCAGCUGAAAGAAGUAUUGAUUGUGGGAUAAUACUGUUUACACUGAUGUCCGUAUUUGUUAAAAUAUUGAUUUAUUCUCAGUAAAUUAUAUUACAGAGUUGUUUUUGCUGUCUAUGAAAUGCCUAAAUGAAUACUGAGCAUACAUUAAAUUGAUUUAAUAAAGCUUUAUUAAACUGCUA